AUGGAGGGGGAGCUCUUCGUGGACGGGCAGCCGCCGGACUUCUCGGUCCUGCCGGAGCUGCUGUGUCCGCCCUGCCUGGAAGCCGAGCCCGGCUGCAGCUCGGCCCCCGGGGGCCUCGGCGGAGGAGAGACGGCCGCCCCGCAGGGCUCCAGGUGUGGGCCGUUCAGCGGCAUGGCUUGCUGCCUCCAGAUCCCAAACAGCAGAGCCCUCGGCCUAGGGCCGGAAACCGACCUGCUCUUCUCCCACCUGGACACGAUCGCCGGCAACCCCGAAAAGCAUCAGCGACCAGCCGGCUUGGCCGUACACCCCGCGUGCGACGCCGGGGUGCCCCAGAACGGCUGCUUCUUCCCGUCCUUAGCCUCGUUCGGCUCCCUGGACGCUCUGAGCCUCAUCAGCUUGCACUGCUCGACCCUCGUCGCGAAGCCCGUCGACUUUGCUGAGGCCGCGGAAGGCAAAGGGCUUGCGCAGGAAUGGACCCCCGGCGCCCUCUUCCCGGAACCGCCUGGCAGUCCUCCUCCGUCGAAUGCCCCCGUGGAGGGGCCUGGGGCGGUGCUUCUUCAGGAGACUGGCCUUCCUGAGCCGCAGGAGGGCGUGGGACGAGCGCCCCGCAAGCAGGGCAGGCCCCGGCGGAGCUGUGAGCCUCUGGACCCAGACUUCCAAGGGGUGGCCUUCCAGAUGCAGCUCUGUCUCCAUCACAGCGGUCCAGAGGGCUGCCGGCUCCUCAUGAGCCACCAAUACAGCAGUGAGAAACUUAAGAAAAGAACCCCGGUGUCUUUAACCAGAGAAGACUGCAACACUGCCUGUGCAAAGGAGAAGGAAGCCUCUCUCUCCACCCACCGGAGUAAAUGCUGUGCUUCUUGCAAGACCAGGAAGACACCGCAGUGGAGAGAUGCUGAAGAUGGGACCCCCCUCUGCAAUGCAUGCGGCAUUAGAUACAAAAAAUACAGGAUCCGGUGUUUUCAGUGCUGGAAUAUUCCGAAGCACGGAGGGAAGCCCUGCUCUCAUUGUUCCAGUUGUGGCGACAAAUUCCACAUGUCAGCUGCCCAGCAGAAGUCUGAAAAAGAUGUGGAAGCUUUCUAA